AUGUCCCGCCAAACCCCCCGCAAACGCGGCCACAACCGCCAUCCCUCGACCGGCCCCCGUCCAGUCCAGUCCGACUACGAGUCCGACGCGGCGCACUACCUCGACACCCACCCGGCGCCCGCCCCGAACCCCUCCCUCCUCACCCGCACGAACACGGACCUCAACCUCUCCGUCCUGCGCCGCUACCUCCCCUCCAUCAACGCCACCCUCUCCAUCGCCGCCAACGCCGUCGUCUACACCUUCAACCCCUCCCUGCCCGGCUGGGACAAGACCGGCAUCGAGGGCACCUACUUCCUCUGCAUGCAGGACCCGCCGCCCGGCGCCCCGGCCGCCGCGCGCGCCUGCAUCUUCGUGCUGAACCGCCGCGGCCUGGAGAACGUGAUCCUGGACCUCGGGGACGUGGCGGACUUUGAGGUCAUGGACGAGAUUUACAUCUUCAGGCUGAAGCAGGAGGGGCGGACGGAGGAGACGGAGAAUAAGGUCGUGGGGAUCUGGAUCCACGCCGACAAGGAGGAUACGCGCGUGAUGAACGCGGCGAUGAUCAGUGAGACGCUUAAGCAGGUCCAGAUGCACGCUGCUGCUGCGCAGGAGAGCGCCGGGGGAGUGGUGGCGCCGCCGAGGGAGGAGGAGCUGGGGCCGGCGAUGCAGGCGAUUGGGCGCAAGCUCAGCCUGAGUGACUUGUUCGGCGCGCAGAAUGGGGCCAAGGGCUAG